AUGAAGCAGCAAUUCCGGGUCUUUGGCGCCCGGCAAGCCUUGGACAGGCUCGUUGUGGAUCAUAAUUUCAGACAGGCCGCCAUUGUGUGGGAUGAAUACCUUACAGGACCCUUUGGACUGAUUGCACAAUAUUCUCUUCUCAAGGAACAUGAGGUGGAGAAAAUGUUCACCCUCAAAGGAGGCCACCUUCCCUCAGCUGAUGUCAAGAACAUUAUUUUCUUUGUCAGACCCAGGUUAGAGCUCAUGGACAUCAUUGCUGACAACAUUCUCAGUGAAGAUAAAGUCCGCUGCCCACAGCGGGAUUUCCAUAUCUUGUUUGUGCCACGUCGCAGUUCAUUAUGUGAGCAGCGACUAAAAGAACUGGGGGUGCUGAAGCACUUCAUUCAUCAAGAGGAAUACAGCCUGGACCUCAUUCCCUUCGAUGGAGACCUCUUGUCCAUGGAGUCAGAAAACGCCUUCAAGGAGUGUUAUUUAGAAAAUGACCAGACCAGCCUUUACCAUGCAGCAAAAGGACUCAUGACGCUCCAGGCUCUUUACGGAACCAUCCCGCUCAUCUUUGGAAAAGGGGAAUGUGCACGGCACGUGGCAAACAUGAUGAUCAGAAUGAAGCGGGAGUUUUCAGGGAUCCAGAAUCCCAUAUUGCCUGUCUUCGAUACCCUUUUGCUGCUUGAUCGCAACGUGGAUUUGAUAUCUCCUCUGGCCACCCAGCUGACCUACGAGGGCCUCAUUGAUGAAAUAUAUGGAAUUCAGAACACAUACGUAAAACUCCCCCCUGAAAAAUUUGCUCCCAAGAAGCAGGGGGAGGGCACGAAGGAGCUCCCCACCGAGGCCAAGAAACUGCAGCUGAAUUCCGCGGAGGAGCUGUACGCAGAGAUCCGUGACAAAAACUUCAACGCCGUGGGCAGCGUCUUGAGCAAGAAAGCCAAAAUCAUCUCAGCUGCUUUUGAGGAAAGGCACCACGCCAAAACUGUGGGGGAGAUCAAGCAGUUUGUGUCACAGCUGCCGCACAUGCAGGCUGCAAGGAGCUCUUUGGCUAACCACACUUCCAUCGCAGAACUUAUCAAAGACAUCACCACAUCCGAAGACUUCUUCGAUAAUUUAACAGUGGAGCAAGAAUUUAUGUCCGGCAUAGAUACUGAUAAGGUCAACUCUUACGUAGAAGAUUGUAUUGCCCAAAAGUACCCCUUGAUUAAGAUACUGAGGCUUGUUUGUCUGCAGUCAGUAUGCAACAGUGGGCUGAAGCAGAAGGUCCUGGAUCAUUACAAGAGAGAAAUUCUCCAGACUUACGGCUAUGAACACAUACUGACCUUAAAUAACCUAGAAAAGGCUGGACUUCUGAAGCCCCAGUUAGGUAGUCGAAACAACUAUCCCACCAUUCGGAAAACUUUGCGUUUGUGGAUGGACGACGUCAAUGAACAGAACCCGAAUGAUAUUUCUUACGUGUAUAGCGGCUACGCUCCUCUGAGCGUACGCCUGGCCCAGUUGCUGGCCCGGCCAGGAUGGCGAAGCAUAGAAGAAGUGCUAAAGAUGCUUCCGGGCCCACACUUUGAGGAGAGGCAGCAGUUACCAACCGGGCUUCAGAAAAAGCGUCAGCAUGGAGAAAAUCGAGUCACCCUUGUAUUCUUCUUGGGUGGAGUGACCUACGCUGAAAUUGCAGCCCUCCGGUUUCUCUCUCAGAUGGAAGAUGGGGGCACCGAAUAUGUAAUUGCAACCACAAAACUGAUCAAUGGAACAAGCUGGAUCAAAUCUCUGAUGGAGAAGCUGGAGCCCCCGCCUUUUUAGAAUAAGAGGCAGCGUAGAGGGAUCAAGCAGGACUCGAUCGUGUUGGCAUUACGAUACGUAAUGUACGUGUUGAGAACUUCGGGAGAAGCUGGUGCCUUAGAAGGAGAGAAGGAGAUCAUGGAAUGAAAUGUGAGAAAGAAGAUGGUUUCUAGGCUGCUUCCUAAAAGCUCAGCCUAGUGAUCUGAAUUUGGUUUGCUCCCGCGCAUAGUCCACAAGUAUAAUUCCUAGACUUUUUCUUACGGCUUCUAAACACCGUUUCAUUAGUGUAUAUUCCAGUCUUUCAGGAUAUUUUUCCUAAUACUUCCUCCUCCUUCCUGUUCUAUAGUUUGUUUGGUUUUCUUACUUCAGUCCACCAAUCUUAAUUUUUCUCCCCAGAGAGUUGAUCAUGUUGGUAGCUUGUAACUAGCCAGGUUCCCUCUCGGGCUACCAUUCUAAAGCUUGAAAGUCUGCAAAUCUGUAAAUGUCUUCAGUUCCAACAGAUCUGCCGCUUAGCUUAUACAGUUCUACCCCACUCAUCCUAUUCCCAUGGGUGUUGUUUUUUUCACUCGUUUCUCACAAUUUUCUCUGGCAGAUUACGGAAAUACUGCUUUCCUGCCUAUUUUAAAAUAUCCUGGUCUUUUUUUCUCAUCAAUACCUCCUUAAAUGCUUAUGAGACUUUAACAGUGAACAAGCUUGCACAAUUUGCAGUGAAUAUUGUUGUGAAUAGUGGGAGAGGAACAUGAGAGGGUUUUUUUCAUCAAACCUCAUUCAGUUGCAAUCAAACUGGGCAUGUUUAAAAAGUGCUGGAAUGCUACAUUUGAAAUUGAAGAAGAUAAAUGAUAUAAAGAUGCAAAUGCAGGCAUUAUCCAGUGUGUAUAUGUGUGAGUGUGCUUUAUUGAACGUGCAGUUUCUACACUAACAGUGUCAGCAGAAUCACUUCAUAUCAUUAUAAAAAUAUCACGAUUCUCUCCCAUUAAACGUCAUUAUCGUGACCCAUUAAUACAAAACCUUAGAAUAAGAAAAGUAAGCUUGUUUCUGGGGGAAAGUUGACCAAGUCUCGGGGGAGGUAAUUAUAUUCUAACAGCUUCCUGGGUAGUCUGAUUUUGAUCCACUUUUGAUGAAGGCCUUGCUGAUCGCAAGGCUAAUAAUUUGAUAACGAGAGCUCCUGAUUAAAUUUAGAGUCCAUUUGCUGCGCCUGAAUGUCUGUAAGCUAAAGAAGGGGCGGGGGGGGGGAGACAAAUGAGACCUUUUCAUACGUAAUAAGCUAGGAAGAGCCAGGUAACGUAGAGGGUGAAAAUAAACUUUUUAAAUAGAGCAGUGGACAUGUCUUUCAGGUUUGAGUUACAUACAGGCAUAAUGGGAGAAAUCUCUUACAAAACCGAAAAUUGGUUCUGAGCGGAAGUUGGGGGUUUCUCUAAAGUGCCAAACGGCCUGUGCUCCUUAUGCCAUUUCCCUGCCUUCCACCCCCACCCCCCAUUAUUUUCAGCACCUCUGAAUUCUGCUUUUUUAAUUUUAAGCUACAGAGGACCAACAUACAUUUAAUAAAUGUACAUGGGAUGCUCAAAGAGCAGGGAGAGAAAAUUCUCCCCAGGUCAGAGGCAUCUGCAAAAUGUCACCACGAAACGUGGCCACGUGGCCAGGGCUUUAUCUUGCAGGAGCAGCAGAGUUGGAAAGCUGCCGGCCACUUCAGUCAGCUGCAGGGAUCGGAGCCCAGUGGUGGCUGCUUCAACCCCCCCGCCCCCAGCCAAGGCCCGGCUGAGUGAAACACGGACCCGAGCACCGAAUGAUGUUGGAUGCUGUUACCAGCUGAGAGACGUAAAGCAGAUGUUGAAUUUGAAAAUGUGCUGUUUUUAGCUUGACGCACAUGUGUUUAGCUGUUGUCAUAUAUUUGCUUUCUGUUGAACAACCAAACGCAUCUUUUAAAAGGAGUACUUUUUUUGUAUGAAGGUAAGAUUGCAGCUAACCAUGUAAACCUACCUUCGUUUCAUUGUAAAGGUUAUCAUUGUGAUAGUGGGGAGAAAGUUGUUCUCACAUUCUCAACAAUCAUUCCUUCCGUUUUUAAUAUCCAGUGGCUCGAUAUAAAAACAUAUCCAGUACUGUUUUGGAAAAGUGGAAAAUUCUAGUGGCAUCUUAGAAGGGUAACAAAUUUAUUACCGCGUGUGUUUUUGCACACACAAGUAUUUCAUUAGGGCAAGUGCAGAAGUAUCUGUAAAAAAAAAAAAAAACACUUUCCUCAUGACUUCCAUUCUAUUUUCAUUUUUAAAAAGCCUCGGAAUAUUUUUCUCUGUGUAGCGAAGAACAAAGAAGGUCUGUGUAUCCCACGGCAGAACAAGUGCCUGACCACACCUCGCCUAUUAGUACUUCAGUCAUCUGGCGUAUGUAUAUAUAGCAUCGCUGUGCCUGCCUCUUCAGAUUAACGGGAGGAUCCAGCCACAUCCAGAAGCCACUCACUCAAGACAAGCUUCAGAAACAAAGGUGAAGAGGAACUUCAAACCUCGUCGUUCAAAAAAGAUCCCGUUGUUCCCAUGCAGUUUUCUUCACCAACUUGUAAAGCCAGGAUGAUGCAGGAAUCGUUCACUCUUCAUUUUCUGAAAGUGCUGAAGGAACUCCUGGCUUUCGUGCUGUUCAGCUACACCGUCUUGUUUGGGGCGCUCCUGUUGGCUGGGUGGACCACUUACUUUCUGGUGCUAAAGUAACAGCAAGUAACAGCGCACGCCAUUUUCACCUGCAGCUCAUGGAGUCGGGAUACCUCAGCUGGACAAAAUGCCUCUUUCUAUCCCAGAGUUUUUCCCGUCUUAAUUUUGUUUCGUGAUAAAUUAGACGCUUUUUAGAGAAACCACUUGGUUUUGAUCUGAUGUUUCCUUUUUAAAACAUAUUUCUCAAGCAUUGGAAUCUCAGAGAGUUACUGAUGCGCUUAACCUCUCAAAUCCAUUUUUCUUUUAUAAUCCCAUGGGAAUAUCAAUAUAAAAGCUGGAUGUGGCUGAGCAUGUUGUAACGUGUCUUUUUUUUCCCCCCAGAUAUUGCUAAACGCUUCGAUGUUGACUUUUUUCCUCACUUUGAUGGUACUCCUGAUCAUCACUUCUUAAUUAUUUUUCUUUUUUUAAUGAGGUGGUUACAUUUCCGGUGUUAGAUAGCAGCCAGAGAGAGGAAAGGCCUGCUCAGCUGCUCCCUCUUUCAAGAAGCAACUCAAUAAAAUUACCUGCAGGUCUGGGAUUGUCUGUGUUAA